UCUUUGCACUGCCAACCAAGUGGGCAGGAUUUGGCGAGCGUGGGGUUGGUUACUUGCUUGCUGGCAGUGAGAUCUUGCUUGUGUACCGCCGAGGAGGAUGGACAAGGAAGAAUACGCCAAGUUCAGGGCGUGCUGUUCCCAGCUCAACCUGGACCACAACACAGUGGAUCGAGCCUACAACAUCUGGCUGCGGUCGCGCACCUGCUUCUCCCGCGAUGAGCUGAAGAGCCUGUACCCGUGGUUCGCCUGCGUCGUGUACUUGGCCAUUCACCCAGAUUUCCAGACGGACAAGUCAAAGAGUGCGCAUGUGCACGUCAAAGGCAUCUUCCAGCUGGCAUGUAUGAGGCCAGAGCAGUUCUACCACCAGCUGCAAGAGUUUGCAGCGCGCGCGAAUCUGGACAAGAUCCCACAGCUGCGACGCGCGGCGCAGGAGAACACCGUCAUCUUCCAUGCGCAGACAAAGCUGAAAACCAUGGAGGCCACCAAGAUCUGUGCACACUACUUCCACGACAUCUUUGAGCACGUGUUCCUGCCGGCGCUGCAAUCGCCACAGCUCGAUGACCACUACGACGUCGACGUUUCCGCAGCCAUUGCUUUGACGCGGGAGUUUGCUUGGACGCUGUUUCUCAUCUGCAAGGCAGCGGUGCCGCUGCUGCUGGGUGACAUUUCAAAGAUGUUCAGCUUGCUUGCAUGCACAAUGGACUUUGUAUACACAAACGUCGCCCGCUUCCCCUGGAUCUCGCACGACGCCCUUGCUGCCUACGACGGUGACGUGCUCGCAGCGUGCUGCAGCAGGCUGAAACAUGCCGAGGUCGUUGGUGCGGAACAACUGCUGCGAGAUGUGCACGUGUUCUUCUACCAGUCCUGGCGGCCAAUCCUCUCCUCUGUUCUUGAGCAGCUCAAGCUCACAUCGGAUGGCCCGCAAAUCCUUCGCCUGACAUGGUACUACCGCCGUCAGCGCUUGGCAGAUUCCCCGCAGAAAUCACGCCAGCGCGCACGUGACAGCCACGCCAGCGCCGUGCAGGCCCUUCCACGCCCGCACGAGUUACCGGCUGCACAUCUGUCAUUCCUCCGUUCUCUCUCGAGUAUUGACGUCCCCGAAUCCGCAGCAGCGCCGCUCGAAGACGUCUUUGCCCGCGCUGACCAGAAGGUGACGGCGUGGGUUGCGGCAAAUGCCCUGAGAAAUUCCCAGCUCUUCUCCAACUUCACUCGCAUCGGCAAAGCCCUCGCAUACAAGCUGCUGUCUGGUGUCAUUGAGCGCGAGUUUGCGGCGCGCGGGCUUGUGCGACACGCGUCCUCCCUUCUCCAGCGCGCUGAUGUUCUCAAAACCGUCGUUGCCCUUGCCCUUGACCUCGUCUUGUUCGCAUACAAGGAUAAGACCAUCUCGUUCCCUUCUCUCGUGUCCAUGCUCGACGUUGACCCGUUCGAUUACCAGCAGAUGACGGAGAUUGUUGUGCGCAGCAAUCCAUUCCUCCCACCGGUGCUGCUGGCCCGCAUUGCCGCAUGCGAACGCGUGUGUCUUCUUGACCUCGUGUGGACAGCAUCACACAAACUCAAUGACUGGUUCGAGAGCAAGCCCGCACUCAGUUCCCAACAGACAUUCCCACGUGCACACAGCUCGAAAACACCGCCGCCUGAAGAGUCGACAGUCACAGCCGCAUCGUCGUCGUCAUCGUCGAGACGUGCAAAGGCGUUGGCGGGGAAGAAAAGCACUCGUGGCGGUAAACAAGAAACACGCGCCAUCUCUACAACAGCAUGGAGCGUGCUGCAGACGCGGUUGCUAUCACUCAUUCAAAAGCGUCUUGUGGCCCUGACAAAACUCCUUGACCUACCACAGAAAUCGCCUGUGGUGCUGCUUGCUGGUGUGGCCAUGAAGCACAUUGUGCAGACGCCCCGCACCCUGCAACGCCUUGCCCUUGGCCGCCACCUCGACACGCUGCUGUUGUGCUCGCUGUUUGCAUGUGUGCAACGGUUCAGCGACACGCUGACAAUGCGAAGCAUCAUCCUGCACUACCGCAACAUGGACCAUGCGUCGCGAGCUGCAUGGACAGCAGUGCCAUCCGACGAUGUCAGUGAUGAUGAUGACGCAGAUGCGACCGUUGACAUUGUUGAGUUUUACAACACGACAUUCAUCGACGUCAUGAGAGAUUUCAUUGAGAGUGCAGAUCCGAUGAGCGCCUCCCCGCUGACUGCCGCAUCGCCGUCAUCGCCAUCACCGCCAUCAUCACCAUCGGCGGUGUCGUCAUCGUCUCUGCCCAGCAUGAUUCGCUUCCACACCGUUUCCAAGGAGCGCAUUGACGAAGAGGGCGUCAUGUCGUUGCCGGCAGAUUUGCCGUUGAGCAGUAACGAUCUGAACCAGAGCCAGGCCGUUCGUCGCUUCAACGAGCAGCUGCGCAACGCCUUUGAUGGUCAGCCCAUAUUCUUACCUGCAGGCAGUCACCGCAGCCCGCACCACAAGCAUCGGUCUCCGAUCAAGUCGCAUCAUUCGCGCGAGCAGCGACAGCACGCUUCGCCGAAACGCCCCAGCUCACGCUUCACGCUCCCUUGAGCGGCGCGUCACGUGCGUGCUGUGUGUGUGUGUGUGUGUGUCUGUCUGUCUGUCUGUCUGCUCUGUGUGUCUGUCUGUCUGUCUGUCUGUCUGUCUGCUCUGUGUACGUGUCUGUGUACGUGUCUGUGUCUGUACAGCUCUGUGUCUGUGUGUGUCUGUGUCUCUGUGUGUGUGUGUCUGUCUGUCCAUGUGUGUUACAAACGUUCCCUACAUCCCCUGCCCUCGAAGUAUCUUUGGUUAUCGGUGGCAUGUCGUUGCCCUUUCCUGGAUUCGGUGUGUCAAGCUGCACUUCACCUCCCCUCGUCCUGCUUCGCUGUUUUGCGUUGUUUCCACCCUCUCGCUCGCCUUGUCCCUAAUUGCAUCUGCAUGCUCAACAACCAAGAAUUACAUAGCUGUGUUCAUGCUGUUGAUACACAACGUGCGUCCUGCGUUCUCAAACCGCCG